AGGCAAAACCCCUUCAAAUAAAUAAAAUAUAAAAAUAAGACAAUAAAACAGAAGAAAUUAAAUGUACGAGUGAUUUGCCAAAUGUUCCGGCAAUCAUUUUCCCCAUGAUUAUUUGUGUCCUCAAACAUGCGAAACUCCAUGCAAAAUCCCCUCUCCUUUGUACUCGAUCUUCUCCACUCUCAUCACUCUAAUCUAAUGUAACCUUUCAUCUAACCAACUAAGCUUUUCUUUCUUCUCUCAACAAAAAUCAUGCACAUGCACAAGCAAUGAUGUCACCACCUUAAUUAACUAUUGCAUAGUUGAGUAAAAGAAAUAAUAAAUUAAAAAAAAAAUGGCGAAAUCAAUAAAACGGUUAUCAGCAAUGGAUUUCUUAAACGGAGAAGAAGAUUAUAACCACCAGCACAACCAAAGAAGCAAGUCGAUUUCAAGAUCAAAACGGAAACAACUUGCACUCUCAUGCAUGCUAAACACCGAGGUUGGUGCAGUUCUUGCAGUGAUUCGUCGAAGCCCCGAAUUCAACCCUCUCUAUUCCUCCCCGGAAGACACCUACGACUCCUCCAUUGUCACCUCCUUAAGGUCCCUUCGUUCUCUCAUCUUCAACCCUACACAAGAAUGGCGCAGCAUUGACCCCUCUAUCUACCUCUCCCCGUUCCUUGACGUCAUUCUCAACGACGACAUGCCUGCCGCCGCCACAGCCGUCGCCCUCUCUUCCAUCCUCAAGAUCCUCAAGUUCGAGGUGUUCGAUGAAAGGACGCCCGGUGCCAGAGAAGGCAUGGAAGCCAUUGUUACCGCCAUCACCGGUUGCCGACUCGAGAAAACUGAUCCGGUGUCUGAGGACGCCGUUAUGAUGAAGAUUCUUCAGGUUCUUGCUGGGACAAUGCACCACAGGGCUUCCAUCUUGCUCAGUGAUCCCGCUGUGUGCACGCUUGUCAAUGCUUGUUUUCAAGUUGUGCAGCAAUCUGUUAAUCGCGGUGAUUUGCUUCAGAGGAAUGCCAGGUACACCAUGCAUGAGCUUAUACAGGUUGUGUUUUCUAGGCUUCCAGAGCUUGAGAAGAAGGGUGGCCGCCGCCACCUCCGCAGUGGGGAAUACUCUGGAUCAGAAACGGAUGACGAUGAUGAUGAUGAUGAGGAUGAUGAUGGUGAUGGUGGGGAAGUGACUGGCUAUGGGAUUAAGUGUGCCAUUGACAUAUUCCAUUUCUUGUGUUCAUUGUUGAAUGUUGUGUCUGUGAUUGAGAAUCCUGAUGGGACUUUACCUCACACUGCUGAUGAGAAUGUUCAGAUCUUUGCGUUGCUUAUGAUCAAUUCUGCUCUUGAACUUAGUGGGGAUGUUAUUGGGAGGCACCCUAGGCUCUUGAGGAUGAUCCAAGAUGAUUUGUUUCACCAUUUGAUUUACUAUGGUUCAUGGUCUAGUUCCUUUGUCUUGUCCAUGAUUUGCAGCACUGUCUUGAAUGCCUACCACUUUCUAAGAAGGUUUUUACGUUUCCAGCUAGAAGCUUUCUUUUUAAACGUGUUAACAAGACUUGCAAGUUUCGGAAGCUCAAUUUCGAUUCAAGAAGUAGCAGGUGAGGGAAUAAUAAACUUUUGCAGACAACCAACAUUCAUCAUAGAAGCUUAUGUGAACUUUGACUGCGAUCCGUGUUGCCGGAACGUAUUCGAGGACUUCGGCAGGCUUCUAUGCAAGCAUUCAUUUGCAGGGAGUGGUUCCUCCACAAGCAUGCAAAUCCAAGCCUUUGAAGGACUAUUGAUUCUGAUUCACCACAUUGCAGACAACAUUGACAAAGAUGAUUCAGGUCCUUUAGGUGCUUAUGCAGUUCAAUUGAAUGAGUAUAUACCGUUUUGGGAAGACAUGGAGAGAGAUGAAGAUGAUUUGGACACUUGGGUGGAACAUGUAAGGAUGAGGAAAUAUCAGAAGAAGAAAUUGCUGAUUGCUGCAAACCAUUUCAACAGAGAUAAUAAGAAGGGUCUAGAGUACUUGAAGCAUGCUAAAUUGAUAUCUGAUCCUCCGGAUCCAAAAGGGUAUGCUUACUUUUUUCGAUACACACCCGGCCUAGACAAGAAGAUCAUAGGAGAAUACCUUGGAGACCCUGAUGAAUUCUACCUCAAAGUUCUCAAGGAGUUCACAGAGACAUUCCAUUUCAAUGGGAUGGUUCUUGACACUGCUCUUCGGUUCUAUCUAGAGAGUUUCUUGUUGCCAGGGGAGUCACAAAAGAUUCAGCGCAUACUCGAAGCCUUUUCGGAUAGAUUCUAUGAUCAGCAAUCAUCAGACUUGUUUGCAAGCAAGGACACUGUUCUUAUCCUCUGCUAUUCCCUCAUCAUGCUCAAUACUGAUCAGCACAAUCCUCAAGUUAAGAAGAAGAUGACAGAAGAAGAAUUCAUUAGGAACAAUCGCGCCAUCAACGCAGGACAGGAUCUGCCUAGAGAUUAUCUUUCAGAGCUUUUUCAGUCCAUUUCAAGUUAUGCAAUUGCCCUUGACACAAGUACUGUGUCACUAGACAUGACACCAAGCAGGUGGAUUCAGCUCAUAAACCGAUCCAAAGUGUCACAGAAUUACAUACAAUGUGACUAUGAUCGCAGAUUAUGCAGGGAUAUGUUUGCUUGCAUUGCUGGUCCAUCGGUUGCGGCUCUUUCAUCAUUCUUUGAGCAUAAUGAUGAAGAGGAGCUGCUCCAUGAAUGCAUUGAAGGCUUGUUCUCGGUUGCGAGGAUUGCUCAGUAUGGACUAGAAGAUACCCUUGAUGAGCUCAUAACAUCUUUCUGCAAAUUCACCACAUUGCAGAAUCCAUAUGCUUCUCCAGAAGAGACUCUCUACACAUUUGGCCAUGAUUUGAAGCCUAGAUUGGCAACAGUUGCUGUUUUCACCAUAGCAAACAUGUUUCGCAACGGGAUUAGAGGGGGUUGGAAGAACAUUGUAGACUGCUUGAUAAAACUCAAGAGGCUUAAGCUGAUUCCCCAAUCUGUUCUUGAUCUUGAGCAAUCUGCAGAUGCAGCAACCACACCUGAAUCAGCUACAUCUCCUACUGAAGAUCAUAGAUUUAGCAGCCACCAAAUGGGUACCAUAAUGCAACGCUUUACUCUCCUUUCGCCGGACAACACGGAUGAUGGAAUAAACCUUAGUAACGAAUCGGAUAGGAAUAUCAAGAUGAUCAAACUGUGCCAAAUUGGUAGCAUCUUCAGUACUUGUUCAAACAUUCCCAUAGAAUCCUUGCACAGCCUUGGAAGAUCUUUAAUAUCUGCGGCUGCCGGAAAAGGCCAAAAGUAUAGCACACAGCACGAUGAGGAAGAAACCAUUGAGUUCUGUUGGGAACUACUCAGUGCAGUAGCCACAGUUAAUGCUCACAGGUUCCACAUGUUUUGGCCAAAUUUCCAUGAAUAUCUUCUAGCAGUUGUUCAGUUCCAAAUGUUCUCCCCAGUCCCAUUUGCUGAGAAAGCUCUUUUAGGCCUUCUCAAGAUCUGUCUAAAGCUCUUUUCCCAACCAGUUGAUGACAAGAUAAGUGAGGAGGCCAUAUUCAAGUCCAUAACUUUAAUGUGGAAGCUUGAUAAAGAGAUCCUUGACACAUGCCAUGAUAUCAUUUCUCAAACAGCCAGCCGAAUAGUCACCGACUAUGCUGCAAAUUUGCAGACUCCUUUCGGAUGGAAAUCGCUCUUAAACUUGCUUUCAGUCGCCUGGAGGUAUCCGGAAACCUACGACUUGGGAGUGGAUGCGUUGGUCACUUUGUUUUCUGAUGGAACUCAUGUGUCACGAACGAAUUAUGCGUUUUGCAUUGAUUGUGCUUUUGGUUGUUUUCUAGCUAAGAACAGUCCUGCAGAUAAAAAGAAAAAGAUGCUAGAUAUAUUAGCCGAUUCGGUUAACUUGUUGAUCCAUUGGCACAGGACUCUAUACUCAGAUCCUGGGAGUAAUUUCAGUAUAUCAAGCAGCACAAGCUCUUCCUCUAAUGAGGAAACUAGCAGAAGCCUUGCAAACUACAACAUGAACCUGUUUGUGAAACUUGGAGAAGCAUUCAGAAGAACAACAUUGUCAAGACAAGAAGAGAUAAGAAACCAUGCAGUUCAUUCUCUUCACAAGAGUUUCUUGCUUGCUGAGGAACUCCUUUUUAUAUCAUCCAAUUGCAUCAACUACUUCAACCUUGUGAUCUUCGCCAUGGUCGACGAGCUUCACGAGAAGAUGCUGGAGUACUCGAGGAGGGAAGGCGCAGAAAAGGAAAUGAGGAGCAUGGAAGGGACACUUAAGCUUGCAAUGGAGCUGUUUACUGAUAUGUUCUUGCAGUCAUUGAGGCAAAUAGCUGAGAGCCCUGGAUUUAGGACAUUCUGGUUAGGCAUAUUGAGGAGGAUGGACACGUGUAUGAAAGCUGACUUGGGGCAUUAUGGUCCAUCAAGUUUGAGUGAAAUAAUACCUCAUUUGUUGAAGAAGAUAAUAACACAGAUGAAGGAGCAAGAGAUUUUGGUGCCCAAAGAAGAUGAUGAUAUGUGGGAGAUCACAUACAUUCAGAUACAGUGGAUAUGUCCUGCUAUCAAGGAUGACUUAUUCCCAAUGUAGAACAUCAAUCUCAUACUCAUGUAAUGUAUUAGUAUUUUUUCUAUCAUCAUCAUGUAAUGUAUUAUGUAUUCUUUCUUUUAAGUUUGAUGCAGCCAUUUUUGUAGUACUUAGUGCAUUCCCAUUUUUAUUUUCAUAGUACUUUGAUGAUAUCAUAAUUUCAUUACACAAGGAAUCUCAAUCUACUACACUUGAUCAUAGAUUUAUUUUAUUUUGACAAAUGUUAUAUGCACCAAUUUUUUUUAGUAUAAUUCAUAAUUGAUUGAUAAAAAUGAGAGAAGAUAAA